GCGCAGAGAGGGAGGGAGAGGGUGGCGAUGGCUUCUUCUUCGGCAAAACAGGGGGAGGGAGGGCCACAGAUAUUCAUGGACAUCAGAAUCGGCGAUCGAAAGGUUGGUCGAAUGGUCUUCGAGCUCUACGCCAGCGUGGUGCCGCGAACCAGCGAGAACUUCCGCGCGCUGUGCACGGGGGAGCGGGGCGUCAGCAAGAAGACCAACCAACGGCUGCACUUCAAGGACUCGAUCUUCCACCGCAUAAUCCCGGGUUUCAUGGCCCAAGGAGGCGAUUUUACAAGGGGGGACGGGACCGGGGGAGAAUCCAUCUACGGGGAUAAGUUUGCCGACGAGAAUUUCGUCCGCACGCACGAGGGGCGAGGGCUGCUUUCGAUGGCCAACGCGGGGCCGGACACGAACGGGUCGCAGUUCUUCAUCACCUUCGGCACAGCACCACACCUCGAUGGCCGGCACACUGUCUUCGGGAAGAUGGUGGAGGGCAUGGAGGUGCUGGACAUCAUGGAGAAGGUGUCUACCGGCGGGAACGACCGACCACGGCUGGCGGUCACGAUCGAUGACUGUGGACAGGUGUGUUUCGUGGUGGGAGAGAUGGUGGAAGAUGACGAACAGGCGGGUGGGGUGUCCGGGCAAGUGGGGCAGGCAGGGGCAGCGGGGGGGGACGCUGACGCACGGCGGAGUACAGAAGAGGACGAAUCGGUUGCCCAGAAGGAGGAGGAGGAGGAAGAGGAGGAGGAGGAGGAGGAGGAGGUGUUGGAGGAGCCAGACGAGGCGACGCUGGGGAAGAUGAGCAGUGUGGAGCAGCGCUUGUUCAAGAUCCGUCUCAAGAUGAACAAGGGGAGGCGGGCAAAUAAGAAGGCGGUGAAGGACGAGUACAACCGGCUCAGCGAUCCGGGAUACGCGGCCAAGAUGCGCACGAAGGAAAAAGAAGAGGCGAAGAAGCGGUGGGAAGCGGAGAUGAAAGAGAGGGGUUUGUCGAAAGAUGAGGCGUUUAUGAUGGAGACUGCACAGUCGGCGGAUAUCACCGCGCAGCACAAGAAGAAGAAGGACAAACACAAGGCCGCCUUCGGGUGGAACGUGUUCAACCAAGACGCGCUCUUCAAGGGCUACAAGAAGCGGCUGGAUAAAUUGCCCAAGGCCAAGGCUGGCUCAGAAUCGGCACGCAUGGUGUUUCCCAUGUGUAUUCUGCGGGAAUCCUCGACUUUGAGCUGGGAGGAGGACACGGCCGAGUACGGCACGAGGGGCGACGCAGAUUCGAAGGGGAUGCAACGCGUGGUGGACGAGCUUGUGGAGAAGGGGAAACGGAAAGACGCGUUCAGCCGACGCAGGUCAGAGCACAGCGCGGCGGACAUCGAUUACAUCAACGACAGGAACAAGCACUUCAACAAGAAGAUCAAGCGCGCCUACGACAAGUACACGGUGGAGAUCCGCCAGAACCUCGAGAGAGGCACCGCGCUGUGAAGCGGUCAACGGUUUCAUCAUGUUUUUUGCACGCGAUUUCCAGCGCACGUUUGGGUUUCCCAUGUAGGCAGGCGUCGUCUCACUGGGUUCUCGAGGCCUUGAGAAGAUCACCCGAGAGGGGUGAGGCGAUUCCCAUCACCGCUUUGAAGGAAAUCCCAGGUAUUCGUGUUCCCAAGAACUUUGCAUGAAGUCUCCAUUAACGUU